UGACCACGCUUUUUUAGAAAUCCUUCAGAUCUGAGACCUCGGGAACACCCAGAGAACUGAACCACUCAAUGAUGUUUUCAGCAGAGUCCUUUUCGGCAACUUAUGAAGCUGGUUUUUAAACCCAACAGUUUGUCUCCAGAUGAGUUAAUAAAUAUCUGCUCAUCUCGUCUGUUUCCAGCAGAGCGGCAAAAUGGCAACUGCAGAAACAGGAAACCUUCAACCCCUCAGACACAGCAGCAGCAACCCCGACAUAAAACCUUCCAUGUCUGAGCUGAGGGUUGUUCUGCUGGGGAACAGCUGUUCUUUGAGGAGAAACGUGGGGAACUUCAUACUGGGAGAGAAUGAGUUCAGCACCGAGGAGCCGGACUGCUGUAAGACAAGUAGACCACUGAAGGAGAAGAACCUAGUUCUCAUCAACACUCCAGAUCUGCUGCUUCCAAACAUCUCUCAGGACAAAUUGAAGGAACAUGUGAACAACUGUGUGAGGCUCUCUGAUCCUGGACCUAAUGUGUUCCUGCUGGUUCUACAGCCUGAAGACUUCACUGAGGAGCAAAAACAGAGGCUCUGCAGAGCCCUUCAACUGUUCAGUGAUCGAUCAUUUGACCAUUCACUAAUUUUCAUGUCAACAUCCAGAGAAGAGAGCUCAUUUGAAAACUGUAUGACUCAUCCACCGCUAAAAGAAAUUAUCAGAAUGUGCAGCUACAGAUACCUGUGGCAGAAGAGCAUUGAACGUUCAGAGCUGUUAACACGUUUGAUUCAAACAGCAAAGGAGAUAAAUGAAGAUCAUCUGAGCUGUGAUGUAUUUGAGGAUGAGGAUGGCGGAUUAUUCAUGAGACCAAAGUGUGUUUUAAACCUGGUUCUGUGUGGGAGGAGAGGAGCAGGGAAGACGUCAGCAGCCAAGGCCAUUUUAGGUCAGACUGAGCUUCAUUCAGUCUCCAACUCAUCAGAGUGUGUUAAACAUCAGGGAGAGGUGUGUGGACGUUGGGUUUCCCUGGUGGAGCUGCCUGCCUUGUAUGGAAAACCUCAGGAGGCAGUGAUGGAGGAAUCACUCAGGUGUAUCUCCCUCUGUGAUCCUGAGGGUGUCCAUGCCUUCAUCCUGGUCCUACCUGUGGCUCCCCUCACUGAUGAAGACAAGGGAGAGUUAGAGACCAUCCAGAACACAUUCAGCUCUCGAGUCAAUGACUUCACCAUGAUUCUGUUCAUUGUGGACUCAGAUCCUACAGAUCGAGCUGUUGGUAACUUUGUAAAGGAUAAUGAAGACAUCCAGGAGCUCUGUGAGAGCUGUGGAGGAAGAUCUGUUGUUCUCAACAUCAAAGAGAAACGGCAGAUCCCACAGCUGUUAGAUACUGUGGAAAAGAUGAUAGUUAAAGAGUUCGGGUGCUUCUCCAAGGACACAGUCAUCAAGGGUCUGACUGAGAUGGUGAGGAAGCUUCCAGCUGAACAGAGGAGUGAGGUGGGAGGUGCUGAUGGAAAACAGAGAAGAGCGAGAGAACGUAAAAUCAGUGAGAUGAGUGACGACACAAAGGAAGUCCCACAGACAGACGUGGAGAGAGUUUUGAAAGAGAAGGAUGAAGAGAUGAAGAGGAGAGACGAGGACCUCAAGAAAAAACACGAGGAAGAGUUGAAAGCUCUGCGCAUGAAAAUCAGUGAGCAGACAGGACAGAUUGAAGAGGAGAGAAAACGGAGAGCAAAUGAGCUGAAGGAAAAAGAUGAAUCCAUCAACAAGGAGCGCAAAGAGCGAAAGAGAGAACGAGAGGAGGAGACGAAGAGACAGAAAAAACAAGAAGAAGUGAGAGUUCAGUCAGAAAGAGAACAAAAGGAAGCAGCUGAGAAGAAGCUGGAGCAGCACAGGAGAGAGAUGAAGAAAGAGCGAGAGGCUUGGAGCAAAGAAAGAAAGGAGAUCUGGGAGCGAUGUCAUCAGGAGCAAAAACAGAACCUGGAGGAGGUGAAAGCAAACUACAGAAAGCUGCAGGAAGAGUAUCAGUGGAAGAGGAAGAAGUGGACGUAUUCAUGGGUUGCUGCCUUAUUGUCAUUAAUAAUAAUUUUAUUAUAUUAUGUAUUUACCACAAACACUACAGAGAGCGCAACGGCAGAGAAGGGUCUGUGAGCUUGUAGCGUUUGCUGAGAUGUAAACUACCCUGAUGGAGUUUGUUCAAGCUACUUUAAAUAAGAGUGAAAUUACUCAUUUACACUUCAAAUGGAAUCAUGAACUAUAGUAAAAAAAGUCACAUCCUGCUGCCACUCAACAAAACAAACAUCAAGCUGUAAUUACAAAAAGUGGACGUCUCACUUUUUCCAGGAAUGUGCAGAACAAACUGCUUUUUUUUUGCGUUUGCAAAGUACAUUUCUCACUGCUGUGCACAAAAAUACAUCAGCUUCAGAAAAACCUGUGAAACAAGUUUUGACUCAAGUGAAAUUCUUGUCCAUUAAGUCAUUGUGAUAUCAAAUCCCAAAGAGGAGGGCUCAUCUGAGGA